GCAUAGUAUAUAGUAUUAUAGUACUACACAAAAAGGUACUUACAAAGCAGGUUUCUUACAUGAAUAUCCUAAAUUAAUUAUCAAGAAAUGUAUUCCUCUACUUUAUACUGAAUGUAAUCUUGACAAAAAUGCAUGCAGCCUCUUCAACCCCACCAUUUUCUUGAAAAACCAACAAAAAAAAUUGCUAUGGGAAUUGCAAGUACAGUGCAGUAUUCAUGGUGGCUUGUUGUAUUCACGGUGUUUCUUCUGUUUAAUUUAUCACAUGAGUUGUUAGAAACUUCACAGUAUGAAGCUAUAGUGAAAAUCAAGCAGCUUUUGAACUUCCCUGAAGAUCUGAGUAGUUGGAGUGACAACACUGAUUUUUGCAACAGUGAGCCAAACACUGCCUUAACACUCAUGUGUUAUGAAGACAAUGUCACACAGCUUCAUGUUUCUGGUUACAACUGGUUUCCUAAUUUGCCUCAGGGAUUUUCUACAGACACCCUUUUCUCUAAUCUUGCUCUUUUGCCUAAUUUAAAGGUUCUUUCUUUGGUUUCUUUGGGUUUAAGAGGAACUUUACCUAAACAGAUUGGAUAUUUAUCUUCUUUGGAAAUUGUUAAUGUUAGUUCAAACUUGUUUUCUGGUGAGAUUCCAGGAGAGAUUUUUUAUUUGAAGAGUCUUCAGACACUUAUUUUGGAUGAUAAUAAGUUUACAGGUCAAGUUCCUGAAGGGGUAGGUUCACUUGUUUCUUUGUCUGUUUUGAGUUUCAAGAACAAUUCAUUUUCUGGUUCAUUGCCUGAUUCUUUGGCUAGUUUGCAUACCCUAAGAAUUCUUUCUCUUUCUGGUAAUAAUUUUUCUGGGGUUGUUCCAAAUCUUCAUAAGCUGUCAAAUUUACAAGUUCUUGAUUUGGAAAGCAACAAUCUUGGACCUGAUUUCCCUAGUGUUCCAAAGAAGCUGGUAUCUUUGGUACUUAGGAAGAACAAGUUCAGUUUAGGGGUACCAAAAGAAGUGAGUUCUUGUUAUCAGUUGAAGAAACUGGAUAUUUCUUCCAAUGAGCUUGUUGGACCCUUUUCACCAACAAUUUUGUCACUGUCAUCACUCAGCUAUUUGGAUAUUUCUGGAAACAAACUAACUGGAAAGCUUCUGAAGAAUGUGACAUGCAGUCAAGAACUUUCUUUUGUGAAUCUAUCAUCAAAUUACUUGACAGGGGAUUUGCCUGCUUGUUUGCACUCGAGUUCUGGUUCCAAGAUUGUAUUGUUUUCUGGGAAUUGUCUGUGGAAUAAAGAGCAGUGGCAGCAUCCUUACUCAUUUUGUCAGAAUGAAGCUUUGGCUGUUAGUAUUGAGCCUCAUAAGAAAAAGGUUGAAGGGGGACAUGGUAAAGCUGUUCUUGCUUCAAGUAUGGUAGGAGGUUUUGUUGGAGUAGUAGCGAUUACCGGUUUGGCUUUCGUGGUUUUCAGAAAAGAGUAUGCCAAGCAGAAAGCUAGUAAAGCCCCUCAAACAAGAUUGAUACUUGAAAAAGUCUCUCCUGCUCACACUCUUAAGCUGCUUAAUGAUGCAAGGUAUCUUUCUGAAACGAGGAAGUUGGGACUGCUCGGGGCCCCUCCUUAUCGAACUUUUGUCUUGGAUGAGCUUCGAGAGGCCACUAACAACUUUGAUAUCUCGAACCUAAUUGGUGCAAGCUCCAGUGGGCAGAUUUACAAAGGGCGACUCACGGAUGGUGCUGUGGUUGCUAUAAGAAGCAUAAGAAUGAUGAAGAGGCACAACGUCCAGUCCUACACUCAUCAACUAGGGCGUAUUUCAAAGAUCAGAUACUGCCAUUUAGUUAGUACAAUUGGACACUGCUUUGAAUGCAAUCAAGAUGACUCGAGUGUUAGCCGGAUAUGUUUAGUCCUUGAAUUCGUGCCAAAUGGGACACUGCGGGGAGUCAUAUCAGAAGCAAAUUCAGCUCAAAAGCUUACAUGGACGCAACGGAUGUCAGCUGCAAUAGGGAUAGCAAAGGGAAUUCAGUUCCUUCAUACCGGAUUAGUACCAGGGAUAUUCUCCAAUCAAUUGAAGAUAACAGAUAUCUUGCUGGAUCAGAAUUUCCAUGUAAAGAUUAGCAAAUACAAUCUGCGUUUGUUAACUGAAAAUAAGAAAAUGGAUUCUGGACCGUUUUCUAGUGGAUCAAAGGGGAAUAAUGAGCAGAGGUUAAAAUACGAGGAGAAAGAUGAUGUGUAUGACUUUGGAGUAAUCUUACUUGAAAUCAUAUCGGGAAGGACAAUCAAUACAAAAAAUGAUAUCGAUGUUUCUAAAGACAUUCUAAUAGUUAGCUUAACAGCUGACGAAAUAGCUCGGAGGAACAUCAUUGAUCCAUCUGUUCGGAAGGAAUGUUCAGAUGGUUCACUUAGAACGUUAAUGGAGUUAUGCAUAAGAUGCCUUUCAGGCGAACCAUCACAACGUCCUUCUGUGGAAGACUUGAUAUGGAACUUGCAGUUUGCAGCUCAGGUUCAAGACCCUUGGAAUAGAGACACUUAUGGCAACCUGGAGUCUCCUGCUCAUGUGUAAGAACUUAUGCAAAUAUUCAAUGAUCAAUGGACCUUUUCUUGUACAAAAUGUAACAUGAUACUAGGAUAAUUUAGUUCCAAUUUUUUAGCAGUC